AUGUUUUUCAACUUGCUUGUUGAUUGCUUUCACUGUCAGCUGGCUGCCUUUUACGAUCCAGACGCCGUUAUUGUCCAUGCUGGAAAGGAUGUAGUUUACGGAAGAGAAGCUUUGAAGAAGGAUUUCGAAGAAUUUCUAACACGCGCGGGUAAGCUCACGCCAAAGAGCUCCAACCACUACUACAGAAUGUGUGAAGAAUUCAUUAAUUUGACAGCCGACUAUGAGACAGAAACAGAAAAAAUGGGAGUGUUGAAAGGAAGGUUUACCCAAAUCUGGCGUAAAUGUAACGGUGAAUAUCUGAUAAUACAUCUGGAAGAUGCCCCAAAGAUGCUGUGA